GAUUAGGAUAAUUUAUUAAACACUCCAACGAACAAGAAAAAUGAAAAAUAUAUUUUUGGUUUCGGUUUUAAUCUUUGCUUAUCAAUCAACUACAUUAGCGGACGAUACUCACAGUAUGAACACCAGGGGUAGAGUCGACCCAAGGAAAGAGUUUUGCAACGAACUGAUCAACGGUGGCCGAGUGGGAUUCUCAAUGAUUCAGCAACUUUGUGGUAGCUACGGUAAACGCAUGUUCAGCAGAACUAGAACCACACGUAAUGAACCUAUUGUGACGUCACGACGAUCCGGUUCAGCGCUUCCGGAAGCUAUGAUGUCAGACGACACUUUCAACACCAGAGGGAGCUAUAACGGUCGCAAAACAUCAUACAGGACGGGAAGGCGACCCGAGCAUGAACUGGUUUCAAGGCUCGCCGCUGCUCUAAGGAGGCAAUUCUCGUCUGUUACUAAACACAGCAACUUUGACCGACCAAAGGAUGACUGGCGGGUUCGAGAUACAGACGGGCCGAUGUAUCUUAUUAAGAAAUGGCUGCGAUAUGAUGCCUAGAGCCAACUAACGGACAAUCAAAUAUUCUACUUUCACUGUUCCUUUAAUUUAUCUGCCGUUAAAUGUCGCUGUUGCUGGUCGUAUCCACUGUCCACGUCUUGUCACGUGAUUGAGUCACGUGGCAUGACGUAGUAAUCAUUACUGUGCUUUUCAUUGUUGUCGUUUGUUUCGUAUUAAUCGGAGAAUAAUACAUCUCAUAAAACUUAUA